AAGCUGCAUGUCCUGUGUCCACCCUGUUCAUACUACCAAACCAUGUACUUUGUUUUGUAAUGUGUGGGAAAAGUUAUUUGAAUCAAGCGUAGGUUUAAGAGCAAAGUUGACCCACCCACGAGGAACAAAGCACAGUUGCUUUCUACGUGCUGCGCGCGCAUCCAAGCGUAGAUCUCGUGACAGCGAAGGCUUUGAUUUUUCCAGACGAUUACAACGCGUCUAAUUUUUUUACUGGUUGUAUUAAGUGUCUGGAGUUUGUUGCCUAGCAGCCUGAAAAUGUCUCCUCAUUGGUUGAUAGCUCGCACUCUCUCCAGCGCGUUAAAAAGCUUGUGAAAGGUGCACGAGCGAGCGCGCUUCAGAACUGUUCCGAACUCUGGUGAACCCGUGAAACCUUGAGCUGCAUCGGUUCUUCACUGUCAGCAUUUUGGAACAUUCGGUUUGCAUUAUGUACUUCAGUUUAUCGACAGAGGAGCAGCAUCUUUUGAAGUGGGAACAGAGUAAAGAUACAGAUGGAUCCAGCUCACCUCACACAAGCGCACAAGCUUUCAGUGUAGGCUUAUAGACUGAAGUGCUCACCGUUACCCAGAACACCAUGAUCACAGAUUCAUCAAUUCCGGCAGAGUUCUACGAGGACAAUGCAUCGCUGCUGUCCUUGGACUCUAGUGUGUUCUUCAGCGAGCCGGCGUUACCGAGCGACGAUCCGCUGGACUUCUUCAUUAUAAAUGUCGGAGGCAGCCGUUACAUCCUUUCUCAGGAACUGCUGGCCUCUCACCCAGAAACUCGCCUGGGAAAGCUGGCACUCUCCAAUCGAGACUCUGCUUUAGAUCUGUGCGAUGAUGCAGAUUUCUUGGAGAACGAGUUCUUCUUUGACCGCAACUCGCAGACCUUUCAGUACAUCAUGAACUUCUACAAGACCGGUCACUUACAUGUGCGAGAGGAGCUGUGUGUGAUCUCGUUCCUUCAGGAGAUCGAGUACUGGGGCAUCGAUGAGCUCCGCAUAGACAGCUGUUGCAGGGACAAGUACUACCGUAGGAAAGAGAUGAAGGAGUCACUGGAUAUUCGUAAGGAUGCUGAUAUAAUGGACAAUGAGGAGGAGGACUUCACUGGUGCUUUGUGCCACGACUUACGGCAGCGUCUAUGGGACCUUAUGGAGAAGCCGGACUCCUCUAAGGCGGCCAAGACGUUUGGGACGCUAUCCAUGUUCUUUGUGGUGGUGUCCAUCAUGAACAUGGCUCUGAUUUCUCUGGACUUCACUAUACUUGGCGCACCCAUCAUCUUGGACACUCUUGAGUACAUUUGUAUCAUUUGGUUCACCGGUGAGCUGGUGCUCAGGUUCAUGUGUGUUAGAGAUAAGUGUAGAUUCAGCAGAAGUGUGGUGAAUAUCAUUGACCUGCUGGCUAUUCUGCCCUUCUAUGUGACUCUGGCUGUGGAGAGCCUGCAUGGAGGAUCUACGGAGCUGGAGAACGUUGGACGUGUAGUUCAGGUGCUGCGGCUUAUGAGGUUUCUCAGGAUGCUCAAACUUGGCCGGCACUCCACAGGUCUCAAGUCUUUGGGAAUUACGAUCGCCCAAUGCUACGAGGAAGUUGGCCUCCUGAUGCUGUUCCUUUCUGUGGGCAUUUCCAUCUUCGCCACAGUGGAAUACGCCAUUGAACAUGACAUGCCAGAGACCACCUUCACAAACGUGCCCAGCGCCUGGUGGUGGGCCACCACAUCAAUGACCACGGUAGGGUACGGAGACAUCCGUCCGGACACGGUGCUAGGAAAGGUGAUGGCCUUCAUCUGCAUCCUAUCUGGCAUUCUGAUUCUCGCACUGCCUAUCGCCAUCAUCAACGAUCGGUUCUCUGCCUGCUACUUCACGCUUAAAAUGAAAGAAGCUGCACUGCGACAUGGGGAGGCACUGAAACGACUGACGCGCAGCUCGGCCUCGGAUAUGUCGGCGAUAGGAGUAAACCUGCGGGACGCCUACGCCAGAAGCGUGCUGGAGAUGCUGCGGUUGCAGGGGCGAGAGCGAGCCAGCACACGCAGCAGUGCAGGAGAUCUCUGGUGGUAACAGUAGGCCUGCAAGCUACUGGACAGAUAAAGAACAAGUGAGCGAAAGAGGUCUUUUAAGGACCACAAAUCCUUCACAAGGCCUCAUAUCAUGAGGAAUCAAAAUUUGCUUUAUCUUUAUAGAGUUUAUUGCAUUAGGAAAACAUACUGUAACUUGCCUCAAAAUAAUUGAUUUAAAUCAUACUGCAAAAACAACUGUCAUGUUUCUGAUGUCACAAACCUUACUUUGCAAUCCUGUAACAAUCUAAUGCAGCUUUGCAAAGUGACUGAAGUGGUAAAACUGCUCCUCGUUUCACAUGCAAAUGGGGCAUUUCUUAAUGUUGCGAUAUAAUGGAAGUAGCAACAGAUCUUUUCUUUCAUACUGUGAUGUACAUCCAUUGGGAACUUGGUUCAGUUGUUGAUUGGAUAGAGGCAGUUGUAAAUGCAAACAUGCAGUCAAUUGUAAGAGGCAUGAUUUAAAGGUAUCGUUCACCCAAAAAUGUAUUCACUCUCAUGUUGUUCCAAACCUUUAUGAAUUUUUUUUUUCUAUGGAACAUUGGUGAAGAACGUUGGUGGCCAAACAAAUUUUGGUUCCUAUUGACUUUCAUUGCAUGGACAAAAAACACAAUCCGAGUCAUUGGGAACCAAAACUGUGGUUGCCAGCAGUAUGACAUGACAUGACUUUUUGAUUAAAGAUUACGAGGUCAAAAAAUAACACACAUAUAUAUUAAUUAAUGGUUCCCAAUAAGAUCAAUAAAAUGCAAUUAGAAAACAGAUUUUCCAUUUUAUACCAACUUUAAAAGACAGCAGCAGCAAAAACAGACCAUUUAACAGAGUGGAAAAAUGGUCUUAAAAAGUACUACAACUGUUAUUAUAAAUUAUAUUUAAAAAAAAAACUAAAUUGUUAUUAUAUAUAUUUUUUUAUCAACAUGUUUGAGAUAAAAUGAUCUUACAAAUCCUUUUAAGGUGAAGUGUGUGAUUUCUUCACGACUAGUGGCACAAAACAGAAUUGCAAAAAUAAAGACUUUAUUCAAACAGGUUUCCCAAACACUGCCAUUGGCUGGACAACACUUAACCCCGUCCCAGACUCGCACCAUUGGUUGAAUCAGUGUUUUUAUGCUGCUUAAAAGAACCAGAGUAAUUCACAUUUUGACUGAAUCAACUUACAAAUUGUCUCUGCACAUUAAGCUGGGAGAGGUAUUUUAACGUGAAAAUGAUUUUUCAAAAUUGCUACAUGCCUGUUCUGUUCAUCUUUAUGCAACUCACUGAUUAUUUGUAAUAUAAGUUUUUACUGUUCCAUUUAAAGACAAGUAAUAAAAUCUAUGUUUGAAUUUUCCCGUUUAGGUUGUAUUUUUAAGGGCUGCAGCAUUUACAUCAGACCAACACUUU